AUGGCUGAGAUUCACUCACGUCAGGAAGUCAAGCAGCCGAAGAUGGAUAUCGAACAACCCACGCAGUUGGCUGACAUUUACAAGCUAGCCUCUGUGAAUAACGGGGACUGUCAAGAGAUCCAGCUCGAUCCAGAGCUCGAAAGGAAGACAUUGAGGAGGUUCGACAUGUUUCUGCUGCCGCAAAUCGCGCUCAUAAUCAUCAUUGGAUACCUCGACCGUUCCAAUAUCGGGAACGCCGCGAUUUUCGGCCUCCCAACAGACCUCGACCUCAAGGGGAAAGAAUUCAACAACCUCGUCACGCUGUUUUACGUGACAUAUAUCGUCUUCGACAUACCGUGGGUCGUUGCCAUCAAGAGGUUCGGAGUCAACCGUGUCCUGGGCGUGGCAUUGAUCGGCUGGAGCGCCGCAACUCUGGGCAUGGGUUUUGUCCAGAACUACCACCAAGCCCUCGCUUGCCGGCUUCUUUUGGGCCUUUUCGAGGGCGGCCUCCUACCAUGUAUGAUAUUCAUCAUCUCGACCAUCUGGAACAAGAAGCAGCAGGCCAAGCGUGUCGCCGUGAUAUACUGCGCCACGACCGUGUCCGGGGCAUUCGGGGGUCUUUUCGCAUACGGCGUGCAGUCGAUGGGCACAAGAGCUUCGCUUGAGCCGUGGCGUUGGCUGUUCAUCAUCGAAGGGAUUAUUUCGUUUGUGGUCGGGGGAACAUGCUGGCUCACGAUGCCGUACAGUGCCGAAAAGGUCUGGUUCUUGAGCCAGGAACAGCGCGACUUCAUGGUCCAGAAAAAGACGCGGGACGCACUGUACAAGGGCGGGGACGACCUCAGCUUCAAACAUGUCCUGUCUGCAGUCACAGACCCCUUGGUCUACCUCGCUGCCUUCUCCCUCUUCUCAUCCUCUCUACCGUUACUCAGCUUCGGUACAUUUCUCCCCACCAUCAUCCGGGGUCUCGGGUAUACCUCGAUCCAAGCCAACUAUCUUACCAUACCCGUCUACGCAUUCGCCACAGGCACCGUGGCGCUCAUGGCAUGGCUGUCUGAUCGCCUGCACAAACGCGCCUUUUGCCUUGUCAUGGUGCCCGUCCCGGUCCUUGUAGGAUAUGCCAUCGUGCUCGGGACGCCAAACAUCGGCGCUGGCUAUUUUGCCAUGUUCCUAUGUGGCGGCGGGAUCUAUCCAUACAACUGUCUCAUGCUCACAUGGAUCACGAGCAACUUGGCCCCGGACUAUAAACGCAGCAUCGGCAUCCCCCUGGCGGCGAGCAUUGCAAAUAUCUCUGGUGUUCUUUCGGGACAGAUCUACCCGGCGACAGAUGCUCCGAGGUAUAUCAGUGGGAACGCAGUCAGUCUUGGUCUCGAGUUCGUGGCGCUUUGCGGUGUCGUGAUCACUUACUGUCUCUUGAAAUGGCGGAAUGCCCGCAAAGAGCAGUUGCUGGCGAGUGGCGUGGAGAGUAACGGGAAAGAAGGCGAUGCCAGUUUGGAGUUCCGCUACGUCCUGUAA